GAUGAUGUCACUCUCCACCCGAGGACCCAGACCGCAUCCGCAGCUUCCAGCGACGGCGUGGCGCCGGCGGAAAAUAGUGACGACGCAUGUGCAUUCUGUUGACAGUACCUAGCUCGCCGAGCCGUUCCUUGUACUUCUUCAUCUGCUCCUUUUCCCUCCACUCCCGACUCCCUCGCUUGUGUGCUUUACUGUUUUUCUUACCGACUGCAUAUCUGGCCGCUACCAGAAGCCUGCGGCGAAUAUGUUCCGCUCGUUAUGUACCACUAGUAUUGCCGUACUGUCGCUGUCGCGUCAACGCCUAGCUCUCGCUCAAUCAAUAUCGCUCUCCCCAUCCGUGUCGGCCCCUGGUAGUGCGUCGGAUUAUCUGGACCCCUCGUUCGCUGGUUUUGGCAUCGAGCCUUCUAAUCUGCUCUCCUUUACCGGCGGUGAUGUUGCAAACCAAUUUUCCAUACAACUGCUCCAGAACCUGGCGGAUUAUUCCGGCGCACCUCCACACAUCCGGGUCGGAGGAAAUACACAAGAUUAUAUGAUAUACGACACAAGUUACAAUGCUUACAACUGGGAGGCCAAUGUGGCUUCCAAGGCGCAGGGUGCGAUCGCGGCCGACUCCAUGGUUAUUGGACCUUCAUACAUCAAGGCUAUCGAAAGAUUCCCCAAGGACACGCCUGUCACCUUUGGCUUGAACCUGGCAUACGAAGCGUCGGACUGGGAAGACAAGAUCGUAGCAACCGCCCAGGCUGUUGUAGAUGGGUUGACGAACACGAAGCUGUACUCGUUCGAGAUCGGCAACGAACCAGAUCUUUGGGUAGCCAACAAGUUCCGUAACGCCACUUGGAGUGGCAAGGCCUACACCCAGGAGUUCCUCGAUCGUGCCCAAGUUGUGUAUGAGCGCGUGCUGCAGCCAGCGGGCAUGCCCUCGUCGUUCUUUGAGUCUGCAGCCACCGCCUCGACAAUAGGAACCACUUUCGAAAUCAACCAGCUUGUCAACAACGGGAUAAUGGAUGGCAGGAAUGGCACCGCCUACGUGAACGCAUGGAAUCAGCACGAUUACUAUUACUUCAUUGGUGUAACCAAGACACCCGUCAUUCUCGACGAUCUCAUGGACUACGAUCUAACAAACAAGCAAUUCGCGUACUGGGAGAAGCAGAUUGCCAUCGGCAUCAAAACCGGUCUCCCGUAUGUCCUACGUGAGAUGAGUUCUGUGGGCCCCAUUGGCAAAUCCGGUAUCAGUGACACAUUCGGCGCUUCUCUUUGGACUCUCAAUUUCUAUCUCUACACUGCGUCUUUGGGUGUCUCAUCCGUCCAAAUGCACAUGACCGACAACUCGAACGCCAGCGCGUGGCAGCCUGUCUCCAUGUACAACAGGGACCCCUUUGUGCGACCAAUGUACUACGCGAACGCAGCCAUUGCGCAGAUCAUCGGCAACGGAAAUGGAACGACUCAAAUUUCGACCAUGUCUACAAGCGGCGUAGGCUCGUCGUACUCAGGCUACAUCCGCGCAUACAGCGCAUACGCCCAUGAUACCCUACAAGCCGUCGUCCUGAUUAACGGCCAAACUGCGAACGCCUCAGAGAGUGACAAGAACAGCUUCACCUUCAACGUCAACUUUGGUUCUGACAACAAGAACAAGGAUGUCUAUCUCUCAUAUCUUACAGCCGAUGGCGCAGACUCUCAAUCGGGAACGACCUGGAACGGCAUGACAUACUCUGAUACAACGGGCGAAUCCAGCGUGGUUGACAGUACUGUCAACAAAAUGACUACAGAUGAUUCCGGCAAACUCUCGAUCCCCGUACGCGACUCACAGGCUGUGGUCGCCAACCUUGGAUCACAACUGGGCACUAAUGUUGUGCUUACGCCUGAUGGCACUCAAUCGAGGAAGAACAGUGCUGGACAGCUGAGUGCUGGUCGUGCCGGUAUCGCGGCUUGGACCAGCGCCAUCACGGCUGCAAUGGUCGGUUUCUUUGUGUUGGCAUAAGACGUUGGUCUAGAAGCAUAUCUCAUCGCAUGGAGCGGCGUUUAGACGAUCAGCAUGGCUAUGCUAUUGGACCAGUUGGUCCAUUCGAUUUUUAUUUUGUUGGAGUUUUGGUUAACGAUAUCACGAUUUCUUUUGUUAUAGAAGCACUGCAUCGUCACAUGG